UGGCGCGGCGGGAGCCGGCGGGCAGGGCCGUGCCGCGCUGUGCCGCGCCACCGACGUUGCUCACUUUUACCGGGUGUCCGUGUAGCUCCCGUGGGGGUUCUCGCGUUCUCCCCCCGUCCUCUCACCCCGCUGUUUGAGCGCCGCUUUCUGCCGGCCUGGCCCGGCCCGGCCCUUGGCUUCUGGCCGCUUGCCCCGCCUUGCCCGGGAGUGCCGAGCGAUCUGCGGGCGCGGGGUGCUUGUGCAGCGCCGGCGGGGUGCGCGGUAUCGCUAGCUUCCCAGCAGCGCGGGAGUGAGCCUAGUGAGUUGUGAACGUAGUGCUGUGCUGCCUUGUUGUUUUUAUUUUAUUUUUAAUGUUUGGGUCAGUAGAUGGGCGGAAAGCUUUAGCCUGCAUUUUCAUGUGUGAUUUUUUGUUUUCAGUAUUUUUUUUUUUAAUUCCUGGGUUAAAACUUCCCUCUGAUAAUCGAGCUGAACAGAUGCCUUUCCUUUCGAGUGACCCUGACCGAGUUGGCUUCCCAAACUACAGACCACUUACUCAUAAAACUGAGUACUUCAGAUAAAGUAGAUAGCAAAGUUCUGAACAGCACCCUGGGUCCAGGUGCAUCCCGCAGCCUUCGUUUAGAUAUUUUGUGUGGUCUCGAGCAAGUCUUUUAAUCCACUUUGUGCAUCAGGUCCCUGGUUGCAAAAUGCUGAAGCAUUUCCCAAAAUAAAAUGUAGCGGUGGCUGAGGUGCUUGAUACUCCUCAGCAAUAGGGGCCAAAGUAACUAAUUAAAACAAAAAAAAAACCCCAAGAAAAUCCAAAUGACUAAUGUCUGCUUUUUCUUUAAGGGUAGAUAUUUCCUCUUUGUGCUUAAUUUAAUAAAAAGGAAAUAUUAAAAAUUGAACUGGAUAAAGCAUGGUUAUAAUGCUAGUAGGUGUACCAACUCAGAAAGCUGGUCUGUGUGCCUUAGGACUCUCCUUCCUUACUGGUCCGCGUUGUGAAAUCCUGUAAAUGUUUUGGAGAGUUUAAAUUCCAGUCAUCUUAAUUAGUGUCUACGAGCUGAAUGGGUCUUGUUUAAGACCAGGUUUUAUGGCACUCUCUUCAAAGACUGAAUUUCAAAAGGAUAACUGAAAUGCUGAUAUGGACCUUACAGUGUAAAAGUAUUACAAAUAUUUAUAUUAGAGACAUAUGUACAAUGUACUUACAGAGGCACCUGUCAUGUACUACAAAAAAUGUUUAAUUUUAGCAUAUGUUAAAAACAACUUCAGAUGUUACGCUACAAAUACAUGAUAUAGACUGAAGAGGAAUUAGUUGAUGGCAUGGUAAUAAACUUGAAAUAAUAUAUGAUUCUCUAUUCAGAAGCAGUUAUGAACAAGGAGGAAAAACAACCCUGUUCAGAGAUUUUAAUGAGUCAUGGAUUUUAUCAUAAAUGAAUACUAAUGAAUUCCACUUGAACUGAUAAUUUGUUUUGCUCAUAUACCAAUGACUUUGUGUGCGCGUGAACUUCUUGGAGAAAUGCCAAGAACUGGAGACUGGGAUGGUACCAGCUUUUAUAAAGUCUUUUUGAUGUCAUUGAAAUGAGAGGAACACACCUGAAGUGUCUCAUACGACUGUCUUCAGGGUAGAGACAUUGUGUGAAGUUUGCAAGUUGCUGGGUUUGCUGUAAACUACCUACCGUAGCUAUAAUGACACCAGCCCUCAGAGAGGCAGCAACAAAAGGUCAUGGUAUCCACUUGUCACCUUCUUUGUCCUCUAGAGCUAUGGAGUCUGAUACAGCUUUGUGCAUGGAAAAUUCCAGAGCAGUGGAAGAGAAGAUAAAAGAGGACUCCAUCGCACAGAUUACUUGCUCAGUCCUGGGGUUCCCCACUGCUGACCCCAACCUCAGGAAUGAUAUCUUCAGUGUGCAGCAUUUUGGUUCUCCACCAUCCUCCAAGCGCUAUCAGUCUGUCUUGUUAAUGAGUACAAAUUCUGCAUUUAGCAACAAAACCGGUAAGCAAACAAAAGCGGGACAGCCCGACUGCUCCAAGAUGAGAAAUUCAUUACAUAAUGGUGCUGACACAUCAUUUGGUCAGAUUAGUCAUUCAGAACCUGAGGAACAGGUCAAAGGGGAAAUGUUUUCAGAGACCUCGUCUCCAAAUUUGGCAGAAACACAGAGACUUUUGGAUUCAAAUGUAACCGAAUCCAGUAAUGCAGAAGACAUGCAGCUUUUAAAUGGUAAAUGGUACAAGAAGAAUGGUUUUUUGGGUAGGGCUUUGGAAGUCUGCACUGAAACAAUAAAAGGGGAUUUAUUACACCAAAUUCUUCACGGGCCUUCAGAAGGGAUUUUGAGCUGCACCCCAGAGGAGGUGUAUGCUCGCUUACUCCAGUGUAUCACUAAGCAACAAAUGGAAAUCAGUCGCGCCAAAAGAACUCAGAAACGUUUACAAAUGCUCCUGGCAAAGCACGUUAUCAAACACUGUGAUCAGCAGCUGAAAUGCUUUGUGAAACAUCAGCUACAAAGAAUGAAGGUUUUCCAUGAGCCAACUAGAUUUUCGAGCAGUAGCUCCCUCAGGUGCGCUGAAGGUUGGCCAGAAAGCAGUGCAACUACUCUGGAGAGUAGUUCGAGUACGGAUGCACAGAACGGAGUUAGCGUUGCACCAGGUGAAAUCCGAGGAUUUGCACUUUCUACUGGAGGGCUGCUGUCUCGCGUGGAGAAGGAUCUGGACUCGGAUGCAACGUGUAGCAGCUCAGAUGAAGAUGGUGAGGAACAGACUGUAAGAACAACUGUGGAAGCCAGCUAUACUUCUGAAUGGAAGUGGCUUGCAGACAGAGCUAGAAUUGGCAGCCGUUGGACGUGGCUUCAAGCCCAGAUUUCAGAACUAGAAUACAAAAUCCAACAACUAACUGACCUUCACAGGCAGAUACGUGCCACCAAGGGGAUGGUGAUCUUAGAAGAAUUCCCAUUUCCAAAAGACAUUUUGAAGAAGCAAAUACAAUUGACAGACCAAGAAGCUUUAUUAAACGCCACAGGGAAUUCGCAAGCUGCCAUUGAGAGACAGGAUUCUUUGCCGGAGCAUGACUUUGAAAUGUCACCCAGCAGUCCUACCCUGCUUUUACGAAACAUAGAAAAACAGAGCGCUCAACUGAGUGAAAUCAUCAGCAGCCUAAUUGCUCCACUCAAUCUGUCUCCAGCUUCUUCAUCUCUUUCAUCCAGGACCUGUAGGCACAGACAGCUGGUCAAUGGCAUCUCCUUCAGAGCUUCAGACAACAGAGAGGUAUCCUCUUCAAGCAGCUGGUUGCUUGAUCAUCAGCACAUCAAGAAAAGAAGAAGAGACAGGACAAGACUAAGAUCUCUCUCCAUGGCUAAUGUGAGCACAUCUGCCCGAACAAGGCCGCUUCAUAGUUUCCAGAGGAGGAAACUCUACAGAAUGCACGGUGCUUGGAAUCAGCAGACUUUGCCAUCUAGAGAUGCCUCCUUUCCAUAUAAAACUCAGUUACCAUGUAUGGUGCCAGCCUCUGCUUUGAGUAGUAGUGAGUACAGCAUGGAAUCUAAAAUACUAGAUUAUGUGCAAGAGCUGGACUCUUCCUUUCAUCCGGUCUUAUCAUUCCCUUCAGAUAUUCCUCUUCACAUAUACUUUGAAACACUAUUAAGGAGGGAUGACAUCAAAGGAGAACCUGUUGAUACCUCAUCUUUGGGAGUGGAGUUUAAAGUAUCUCCAGACAAUGACUAUAAUCAACAUAAUGUUUCUGUCAAACAAUGGAGCAGUGGCUGUUUAUCUAAUUCCAAAUCUCAGUCAGUGUCAGGAACAUCUGACCAGCUGUCAGAAGGAAGAAAGAAAAGACAUCUAAGUGAGACAGCAGUAGGCGAACGUAAUGCUAGGUUUGAGACGUUCUCCUUUCAACACGCAGAACCAGAAUCCCAUAGCAGUUUUACUGCCGUGACCAAUGUCAAUGCGAUGUCUAGGCCCACUCACAGCACUUCAUCACAGCAUAACUCCAGGAGGAGGCUGAGAAGUGAGAGUUCCUAUGAUAUCGACAACAUUGUUAUUCCGAUGUCGCUGGUGGCGCCAUCGAAGUUGGAGAAACUACAGUACAAAGAAAUCCUUACCCCCAGCUGGAGAAUUGUUGAAUUUCAACCUUUAGAAAGAUCUCAUACAGAUGAAGAAGAGAUAGAAGAUCUGUCAGAUGAAGUUUUUUCCUUACGUCACACAAAGUAUGAAAAAAGAGAGCGAGCAAGGUGGUCGUUGUGGGAGCAGAGCCGCUGGCCCAGAAGGAAUAGCAGAUCUUACAGCAAAAAUGCUGACGGACGACACGGCCAAGAUUCGGUGCAGAAAGACCAUCACAGCAGCUCCUGCACCUCGCUGCAUUGUGCUGCUGAACCUGUUCCCGAUGUGACUUCGGAAGCCCACAGCUCGCUCUGUUCAGGGAUUGCACAGCUCUGCAGGGAGAGCCAGGAAGCCAAGUCUGGGCUGUGGGAACUUCGAGUUUUUCCACUAAAAGAUGAAGAGGUAGAAGCUUUACUGUGCCAAGAUCAAAUAACAAAUCAGACUGAAAUGUCAAGUGCAGCUUUUCCCAGCGACUCUCACUGUACUUCAUGUGCACCCGUUGGUCUGCCAGACAAUGGCCAGCCACCAAGAAAACAAUCUACCAAAGAGUCAGAAGACUGUGAAAAUGUUUGCCUGGGAAUCAACAAUACAAGAAAACAAAGGUGACAGGGAAAUGUGGUUCAUUAAGAAAGCCAAUUAAGGUGGAGAAAAGUGUAAGGUAAAAUCUCUCUUGUUCACACAGCAUAUGACAGCACAAUUCAAAACCUGUGCAGUAGCUGCAUAUAAUGUAUUUUCUUUCUUGCUUUGUAACAGGCAGGAUAAAUCCCAAAGACAACACUUUCUUCUUCCUGAACCCCAAGAGAAAGUAAUUAUUUCAAGCUGGAAGUCUAAUAUUCCCAGUGUCGGGAGUGGGCGCACAUAAAUUGCUGGCACCAUUCACUUUCUGUUGUCAUAUUGCCACAUUUGUUAAUAAUCAUCCUUUUCUGUUUUGUCUUCAAAUGCAUUUCUGGUUCUAGUGGAUUGUGGUGCAGCAGAAUAUGCUGUCUAACUUAACCAACAACUUCAACUGAACACCGAAAAACUACUUGAAAAAUAGUGGGGAGAAGUGAUAGUCUCAGAUUAUCUUCCUGUGUGGCAUGACCAUGGGGCAGAAAUCUGCCUCUCUUAAAUGCACGUGUGUAACCCAUGCGUAAGAUAAGGGGCAGUGAGAACCAGCAGUUUCCAAAGCAGACGUUCUGGAAGCCUUGCAUCUAGCUUAAAAUCUGUAUUCAGCUCUCAGUAGUGCCAGGGCAUGUUUCAUAUAGAUGUCCUCAAGCAGUAAGAUAGAAAUAGACCACUGCAUUUCAAUAGUCGAUGUAUCUGCUACUCAGAAAGUAGGGUUUCUGCUUCAGUCGUGUGGGUAUAGAGGAACGGAAGGAAAGAGGAGUCGAGUCAAAUCAGUGACGCAGCUCUUUGAAUACUGUUUUGGGUCAUCUUACUUCCUCAGUCCUUCAGUAGCUAAUGAGGCUCAUAAUAUUUUGCUUUAAUAUGUUAAAGACAAAGUCUUGUUCAGAUUUCUGUACAGUGCCUUGUAAGAGUCUCGUAAGUAUGCCAACAUUUGGUGACUAGCUGAAAAGGAAAAGAUGAUUGAUGUCUAGAAGACCAAUAAAGAAAAAAGCCCCAAAGCUUUCCAUUGUGAUUCCAGAUAGAUUUUUAAUUUCCCAGAGUUCACAGUGAGGAAACAAAAGCAAGUUGUUUAAACUUGCAGCUAAAUAGCAUAGUUUGGAAUGUAUUUGCAAUCUCAAGAGGUAUUAACAAAGCUGAAACAUUGAAUGUAGGUAUAAUCCAUCAACAGGAAGUUUUUCUGUGUAGGACAGUUGAAGGCAGUUUUAUAGGAGUCUCUGUUUUUGUGCAAAAUUUUCUUCCACAUGUAAUAUCUGGAAUGGCACUGGACAGAUGACCCAGUUUUAGUGUCAAUUUUUUUUUUUUUUUUUUGUCAAAAUGACAGGAAAUAUACACUGGGCAUCUGAAAACAAUUCAGUAAAGUUUCAACACUACAACCUAUUGCUACAUUGUAGUUUAUUGCACAUUCUGAUUAUUUUUUUAAACACUUUUUUAACACUGGUUUGUCUUAAACUUGAAUCUUGCCUCAAUGUCUGAUACAAUAAUCUUUGAUGCAAGGUUGGUUUUUUAAUUAAAAGUUAUUUCUAUA